AUGAUAAACAUUGCUAAUAUUGCUAAACGUUUACAGGAAGAAGUCAUCGCAAAGUCAAAUACUCAGCUUACAAAUAUUACAGAGAAAGAAAUGUCAAUUGUAUCUCAUCUAAGCACGUUGUUAAAUGAACUUUCUACAAGUGACAAUUAUGAUAUCGAGACAGAAUCUUCCCUCGAAUGCUCAGACUUUGAUGAUGCUGAUCCCGACUAUUCUAUUGAAACAACAGACAAUCAAGAAGAAAGAGAAGUCGACGGUGAUGCAUUUAGUCUCGAUUAUAUGCAGAAAGUCGUUGACUUUGCUCGUCGAGAUGUAUCCUUUACAACUAUAAAUCAUCAUUUUCCUCGAGUCAAAUAUCGAGCGCAACUACAAAGAUUUCGAGAGUACGUCGAAAAUGAUGGUACUUAUAAACAAAAUUUACAACGGCUUGAAGUUGUUUUGAUUGGAAAAUGUUAA